UUGAGUAAGGAACUCGAACGUUGUAGGCGCUCUAAAAAGUUUACAUUAUAAAUGAGACUCGGUUCCUUUUCCGGUGAUUAACAGUGAUUACCGGAGUUCUGAGAAGCUGCAUCGGGGUGUGAAACGAGUGACUGAAGCAGUUUUGUCGGCGCUGGGGGGGUUAUGGUCGCAGGAGGACUCGAGUAACAGCACAGUGAAUCAGCAUCAGUGCACGCAUCCAGUGACGGCGCCAUGUGGUGGUUCCAGCAGGGUAUGUGCUUCCUCCCUGCCGCUCUGGUCGUCUGGACGUCGGCGUCCUUCAUCUUCCCUUACAUCACGGCGGUGGUACUGAGACACGUGGAUCCUUUUGUGCCGUAUAUCAGUGACACAGGAACAAUGGCACCAGAGAGGUGUGUGUUUGGCAUCAUGAUGGAUGUGUCAGCCUUUUUAGGUAUGGCCACGAUGUACGUGCGUUACAAACAGGUGGAGGCUCUGUUGGGUGUGGACGAUCUCAAACUCCUCAGAUUGAACUGCAUCGGGCUCUGGCUGGGCUGGACCAGCUCCUUCGGGAUGUGCGUGGUGGCCAACUUCCAGAAGACCACCCUGUUCUCCAUGCACCUCGUGGGGGCGAUUCUCACCUUUGGGUUCGGGGCUCUUUACAUCCUGCUUCAGUCGGUGCUCUCCUACUACAUGCAGCCUCACAUCCACAGCAGGACCAUCUACCUGCUGCGCCUCUCCAUCGGAUUCUGGACCCUGGGCAGCAUCAUCAGCAUGUUUAUAUCUUCAGUCAUCAUGUACACCAGUCUGAUAGGUGUCGACGUACCUCGCAAACUUCACUGGACUCCUGGAGAGACGGGUUACACAGCUCACAUUAUCAGCACAAUCUCUGAAUGGUUUCUGGCCUUCUCCUUCAUCAGCUUCUUCCUCACCUACAUCAGAGAUUUCCAGAAAAUAAAUCUGCGAGCAGAGGUUGAUUUGCAGAGCAGCCACCUGUACGACUGGACUCACAGGCACAACGCUGCAUCACAUCACAACAGUCGUGCACCUUCUGAAGUGUCUCCACUGCUGGCAGGAACAACAUGAUGAGCAACAGGGCUUCCUGCACCAAUUUCUUUUUUUUCUCUCUUUAUAUUUUAAUUUACAUUUAAAUGCAUUUUAUAAAAGGUUUCUGACAGCUGUAGUGGUUCAUAAAGAGUCAGUACGCACAUACAGUGUCUCCUCCUAACAUGUAGUCAGACAUUAACGUUCGGCUGUUAUACGUCAAUAUUACUUUCUCUACCUCUGUAAUGUGGAAGUGAAUUUAGUUUGAGUCUUAUAAUCCACAGCAGGCAGAUGUCACAGUAAAUAUAUCACCCAGUCCUGCCAGCAUUUAUGGUCUCUCCGCACGUUUUUCUGUAGCAUGACAAGCAGGAAACCAGAGAGACUGAACGAGUGUUAUUAUGGUUUUAUUUUUGACCAUUUUUUAAAAAUCUUUAUUUAGCUUUGAGUUUUUGUUAUUAUUUUUGUGUUCAGGUCUUGUUGAGGGAAAAAAGGUUUUCUGUCGGUGUGACACUCUAACGUCACACCAGCGCUCAAUUUAUUUUACUAUCUUUAAACAAUAUAUUUUUGUGUCUCCUGGCACACUACAGAUGGCACCUUUCUUGCUGUCAGUUAACAUGUGAUAUGAGAUGAUAUGAGAACAUAUCUACACCUACAAAUAUAUAAUCAAACAAAUAUAUAAUCUGAGAACGAGCUUCUAACUUUAAACCCGUGUUUCCCCUCUUUACUGUGGCAUCUGAUGUGCAUUUUUCAUAUAAAAACUAAUAAAGGUGCACUUGUGUUUCAGUACGUUACAUAAAUGUAAACUUCAGUUCUGUCUAUACAAAUAUUUUGAUAUAAACAAAUAUGCAAAUACA